AUGGACCAAUUCAUCAGGAAACACUUGACUUUCCUCAAUACUUUCUGGGGCAAAUGUUUGCCCAACGGGGUCCCAAGUAACCACUCACUGGACUUAUGGGACCCAGCCCAAGGAUCUUUACAUCCCACGCUGGAUCCUGACCCCGUUGAGCCCAUGGUCUCCCUUUUCGGGGUGCUGUAUGACUUCACGGCCAGAAGUGCAGAUGAGCUGAGCGUCAACAGAGGAGACAAAAUCUGUGUCCUCCGAGAAGAAGGAGGGUACGUCUUAGCUCGGAGGCUGUCUGGAGAAGCGCUCGUGGGCUACGUUCCAGCUAACUAUCUCAGCAAGAUCAGUCAGGACGAAACACUCACGCAGCAGCCAUGGUAUAUAAGUGGCAUUGGCAGAAACAAGGCGACCCUGCUCCUCCUUUCUUCACCGAAUCGCCACGGCUCUUUCCUCAUCCGGGACAGCGAGAGUAAUAAAGGAGAAUAUUCCCUGUCAGUUCGGAAUCACGCCAAAGUACGGCACUUCCGGAUCUACAAGCAUCCUGCAGGAAGUUUUUACUUAGAAAAAGGACACACCUUUCCUAGUCUGGAGCAACUCUUGGCUUACUACACCAUCAACUGGAAGGUCAUACAGAGCCCUUUACUGCAGCCUUGCAUCCAGAAGAGGGCCCCCGAGACAGACCAGUGGGAACGUCCCCGUUCCGAGUUCCAGCUCUGGAGGAAGUUGGGGGAAGGAUGCUUUGGGGAAGUGUGGGAAGGAAUGUGGAAGAACACGGUGCCAGUGGCCAUCAAAAUCAUGAAGCAAGGUACGUAGGUGGAAAGAGCGCAUGGUGAAAUUCUCCUCCUCUCACCUUCUCA